UCCCUUCACGCCCCCACGUAAACCCCCCUCAAAUCCGAGUCCUCAAUUUUGAACCUUCUCAUUUGGACCCCUAAUUGUUCUUCAAUUUUCACUCGCUCUCAGUUUUCAGCUGUAGUCUCUUCAAUCUACAUUUCACCCUUCCCCAAAUUCUUUCAUCCUUUAACUGCCCAACCUUCAAUCGCAGCCUGCUUCUAAGUUUGUUCGCGAUUCAUUUCCGUGAGCCUGUAAUGGUGAUUCGAUGUUUAUAACCCUUGUUUUGUUCAUUACUAGGAGCCUCCAAUCUUGCAAAUAUGCGGCUGUAUUACGGAGCCAAAGAGAUUCUAAAGAUUCAAAAAUUUCGCAGAAUUGUGUCCUAUACUGGAUUCUAUCUUUUCGCUUCUGUUUUGAGCUACGCUUAUACAAGCAAUACAACUAGAGCUGGGUAUUCUCGAGGGGAUCAAUUUUAUGCUUCUUACCCUGCUGGUACAGAGCUCUUGACAGACACCACAAAGUUGUAUAAAGCUGCUCUUGGUAAUUGCUUUGAAUUAGAGGAAUGGGGUCCAAUUGAAUUUUGCAUCAUGGCUAAACAUUUUGAUCGUCAAGGAAAAUCGCCUUAUGCAUAUCAUUCUCAAUACAUGGCACAUCUUCUGUCUCAUGGACAACUUGAUGGAAGUGGGUAGGAUAGCAUCAAAUCAACCAAUACCCGAAGAGCUUGACCUUGUUUGUUGGUACGAGCUGAGACUACACACCUCAAUACUUGUGAAUUUUGAGUAUUGGGUUUCUAAAUGACUGACUAAAGGAUAGCUCAGUUAGUUAGGUUACUAAUAACCUCAUUUAUGAGGGUCAUAGGUUUAAAUCUUCACCACUUUAUUUGAAUUGUAUUAUUCUUUAAAUAUAUUUACAGCCAUUACUCUGGACUGUUUGUUACCUUCUCUUAUACUAGAAUGUGCUAUUGAUAUUCAAUAAGACUGAUGUCCACCUCUUCAACUGUUCCUAUUUUUUAUGAAUAUAAAUACUUUUCUGGGAUCUAUUUUA